GGUGGCGGUGGCGGCGGUGGUGGUUACGGAGGUGGUGGCGGCGGCGGGCUCGGCGGAGGCAGCGGCGGUGGGCUAGGAGGUGGCCAGGGCGGUAGCAGCGGCCACGGUGGAAGUGGCGGCCAUGGCGGAGGUAGUCAUGGCGGCAGCGGUGGACUCGGCGGAGGCCACGGAAGUGGUGGCGGCCUCGGCGGAGGCAGCGGUAGUGGCGGAUCACUAGGAGGCAGUCAAAGUGGUAGUGGCGGCUCCGGGAGCAGCGGCGGACACGGUGGAUCUGGUGGACUCGGCGGUGGACACGGCGGAUCCGGGGGUCUUGGCGGUGGACAUGGAGGAUCUGGUGGACUCGGUGGUGGAUCCGGGGGAUCCGGCGGUCUCGGCGGUGGACAUGGAGGAUCUGGUGGACUCGGUGGUGGAUCCGGGGGAUCCGGUGGUCUCGGCGGUGGACAUGGAGGAUCUGGUGGACUCGGCAGUGGACAUGGAGGGUCCGGUGGACUCGGGGGUGGAUCCGGUGGAUCCGGAGGUCUUGGCGGUGGACACGGUGGAUCUGGUGGACUCGGUGGUGGAAGUGGUGGAUCUGGUGGCCAAGGAAGUAACGGCGGUGGCGGCUACGGUGGCAGUGGUGCCAAUGCCAACGCCAAUGCAAACGCCCAAGCUACUGCCAACUCGGGCUCUGGCGGCUACGGCGGACACAAGGGUGGAUACGGACGCUAACAACUAAGUUGGAGUUCUAGAAGAAAA